GAGGCGGUGUUUGUUUUACAGGCACAUAGAACAAACGACCCGCAUGCGCAGUUGGGUUUGUGUUGGGAAUGGAGGCUGAGUAGCUUUACUUCAGUCAGAAUUCACUAUUAAAUCUGUUUUUAACCUGUCUGCUGUGUUACGACGGGCAAUUAUGGAAAAUAAUACUGACGAUGCUGAGCAGAAGGAGGAGAACUCCUCAUCUCCAGUCAUGGACCGUAACCCUUCACCACCUCCAGAAGCAGCUGAUGGACUAGAGACUGAAGAUGUGGACGCCAUCGGAGACACAGUUUACAGCAAACACUGGCUUUUCAGCACCUUGACUCGCCUUAUUCAUAUGGUCACGGACCUUUCUGAAGAGAACCCUGAAGCUCAAAUGAAGCUCUCUGAUGACGAUGAGGAAGACCUGUGCAAAGUCUGGGAUAUGGCCAUGGAUAAGGAUGUGGCCCGUUUUCUGCAAGAAUUUAAAGCUGCUGAUAUUCUCCUUGGAGUCAUAUCUAAAUCUCGCUGCCCACGUCUCACAGAAAUUUGUGUUGGAAUACUUGGGAACAUGGCCUGUUUCCCUGACACUUGUGUUACUCUCAGCCAAAAAGAAGACUUGUGUGCUGUGCUGUUGCUUCUUCUUGGAGAUGCAGAUCCGCCUACCCUCCUGGAAACCAGCAGAUUGCUGCUAACCUGUUUGUCGCAUAAAGAUGUCUGCUCUCUGUGGCUUCAGCGAAUACGACAGCAGACGUCAGUGUGUCCCAACCUCUGUUUCAUCAUGUGCAGCUCUACCAACACUGAUCUGCUUGAGAAAGUGGGGGACUUGGUUGAUAAACUGUUUGACCUUGAUGAAGAGCUGAUGAAGAGCUGGAUCACAGCUAAGCCACAUAACAAGAAGGGGGAUGAAAGUGACACCCCGCUGGACCUGACCUCAUGUCUUCUUGAAGCUGUCAAGCAGCUUCGGUCAGAGAAGCUAAAUGGCAUCGAAAUUUACCUUCACAUCUUUCAACUCAUCACCACAGUAGAAGAAGGCCUUGAGAAUUUUGCUGCUCCCAACGGCCCAGGAAAAGCACUGUGGGACUUUGUCUGUGACAUCGUCUGUGAAGACCUCUGUCAGCAAAAUGAUCUUGAAGUUGCCUUACAUGAGCAGAAGAGCACUCUGGUUCAAGCUUUCGCCGUGCUGCAGGCGCUCUACAGAUGUCAGGAUCAGUGGAGAAGCAGGGCUGACCCGAGUACAGAUCUUAUCUGGAUCAUCUUGCGGUUGUGCCAGCACCACAGCGAGAACACAGAGGGCGCAAGCGAUGAGCAGCUGCAGGCUCUUUUCGAGAUCGCCUCUGAGUUCCUAGCUGACCUUUGCAUUCACAUUCCCAAGGAGGCGGUUCUGGACCUGGUUAAUAAAGGAUACUUGACUGCAGAGAUUUGUGUUGCUGCUGCCACCAGUUUACUUCCUACCUAUAAAACCUCAUUUCAGCACCUCCAGGCCGCAUUGUCGGAAGCUGAUCCCGAGUUAGCAGACGUGAUGAGGACUCAGUUUCCUGAUUGAGGUUUUCUACGGCUCAGUGUUCAGCACUCAGUCAAACUCACAUCGCUGCUUUUCAUAGGUCUUCUCUAAAUAUCAUCCUUCGUGUCUGAAUAUUUGCAUUUCCAUUGGAAAGAUCCAGUAUCGAAGGAAGGCUUUAUCAGCUUUUUUUUAAUUAUUAUUAUUAAUGUCAACCUACCUUUGUUGUUGGUUAUCAGAUCACGUUUGUGUUGAUAUUUUACAUUUUAUAAUGCUAUUUUUGUACCAGUUGUUCAACAGUGUUUCAUAAAAAAA